CACAUUAUCAGUUUAUUUACAAAUAUGUUGGACAUAGUAAACUGUGGAUAAAAUGUCAAACACACAAUCAAUUAGUCAGUCAAAUAAUAUUUUUGUUAACCAACGUGAGCUGUAGAGAUGUCAGUGAAGAUCGUCUGACUCCAUAAAAGCAGUUGGCGUCGCCAUUAGCGAUCUUUUCAGUCGCAUGCUGCGGUUGUGAACGGAUCAUGUCUGGCGACUCUGCUGAUUACAACAGCUCAAGAGACCGAGACCAUGGAGGGCCAGAUGGGAUGGAGCCUGAUGGUGUCAUCGAGAGCAACUGGAAUGAGAUUACAGACAACUUUGAUGAUAUGAACCUGAAAGAGUCCCUUCUCCGGGGAAUAUAUGCGUAUGGUUUUGAAAAGCCAUCGGCCAUUCAACAGAGGGCGAUCAUUCCUUGCAUCAAAGGCUAUGAUGUCAUUGCUCAAGCCCAGUCAGGCACAGGCAAGACAGCCACGUUUGCCAUCUCUAUCUUGCAGCAGCUGGAUAUUGAACAGAAGGAGACCCAGGCUCUGGUGUUAGCUCCCACCAGAGAGCUGGCUCAGCAGAUUCAGAAGGUAAUCUUGGCUUUGGGUGAUUACAUGGGGGCAACCUGCCAUGCUUGCAUCGGAGGGACUAAUCUUCGCAGUGAGAUUCAGAAGUUUCAGGCCGAGGCUCCUCACAUAGUGGUGGGCACCCCGGGCCGUGUGUAUGACAUGCUGAACAGGAGACAUCUAUCCCCUAAGUGGAUCAAGAUGUUUGUUCUGGACGAGGCUGAUGAGAUGUUGAGUCGAGGGUUCAAGGAUCAAAUCUACGAGAUCUUUCAGAAACUGAGUACAAACAUUCAAGUGGUCCUGCUCUCGGCCACCAUGCCAGCUGAUGUUUUGGAGGUAACAAAGAAAUUCAUGCGGGACCCUGUUCGCAUCCUGGUGAAGAAGGAGGAGCUCACGCUCGAGGGUAUCAAGCAGUUCUACAUAAAUGUGGAGAGAGAGGAAUGGAAACUGGACACACUGUGUGAUCUGUACGAGACUCUGACCAUCACCCAGGCUGUGAUCUUCCUCAACACCAGGAGAAAAGUCGACUGGUUGACAGAGAAGAUGCACGCUAGGGACUUCACCGUCUCUGCUCUGCACGGAGACAUGGACCAGAAGGAGCGUGACGUGAUAAUGAGGGAGUUCAGGUCCGGCUCCAGCAGAGUGUUGAUCACCACAGAUCUUCUGGCUCGUGGGAUUGACGUGCAGCAAGUCUCUUUGGUCAUCAACUACGACCUUCCUACAAAUCGUGAAAACUACAUUCAUAGAAUUGGACGCGGUGGGCGUUUUGGUAGGAAAGGAGUUGCCAUCAACUUUGUCACUGAGGAGGACAAAAGGAUUCUUCGUGACAUCGAGACGUUUUACAAUACAACCGUGGAGGAGAUGCCCAUGAACGUGGCCGACCUGAUUUGAGCGCCGAGAUCUGGUUUUGUUUUUCUUUACGCAGCGAUCGCGACCGUUCACUUUCAUUGUGCUUACAUUAUUCAAGAGGGGAGACUUCUCAAUGCUAAACCUUGGGUCUAGUUUUUGGUUUGUGUUAAGAGAGAGGUGACUUCUUUGGUCAUCCCUGCUGGACAGUUGAAGGUUCUGACCUCGUCGGCUGGCUGGUUGGGGCUGCAAAGCUAUGGAGUCUGUAAACAUUAAGAUCCUUUUCAGGUAUUUCAGUUUAAUUAAAAUGCGUGUUUUUGAUGUUCUUCACCGUUUAGUAACCUACUUGUGGACUAAAAGGUAUAAGUGCUGUAUAAAGUCUGCAAAUUAUGUUAUGCUAACAUGUGUGCAAUGUCUUGUGGGCCUGCUUAAUGAGGCACUCGUCAUGUUGAACCGUAGCUUCACUCGCUUUGGUUUCUUUUGUGAAUUUUAUUUAAAUGCAUCAUAUUUUUAAAUCCCCCUAGUUCCUUCAGAGUUCCUCACUGGUUGGCCAUAUUUUGCUGACAUUGUUUUACUCCAGUGUAUAUUACCCUUUCUACCCCUUAAUAUCCUUUGAUUUCAUUCCACAGAAUUGUAUGUGUUAAACUAAAAUUGCUGUAAGUAAACUUUAUUUUGUUGUCAUGA